UACGAUGGCAUCCAUUAAGGACUACUUUCAACCUCGUUUUAAAAAUGGUUGGAAACAUGUGGUUCGAAUUGACUCGAUUGAGGGUGAAUUAUCAUAGACCGAAAGAUAAUGGUUAGGGUUAUUUGAUGAAAACUCCCUUGUUUGUGACCACUCAACAUAGUCAUUGAUAGUGAUCAUUAUGGAAUCAGGAACUCCUCAAAAACUGGUCCCAUUGAGUUCCUGUUUGCUCUGUGCCUCAUCAACCAGGAGGUUACACUCCUUCACUCAGAAUAAGGCUAUCAAUGAAAAAUAUCUGGAAACAGUUGAGGCCUUCUUAGGAAUAAAACUUCAGAAAAACUCAAUGAUGGCUGGUUUGAAAAUAUGUGAGACCUGUUUCAAGAAAUGCUCUAGUGCAUUAGCUUUUAAAAAAGAUGCCUUAAUAACUUACAAGCAACAGAUUGAGUCAAUGGAACGUACUAAAAGACUUUCCAAAACACCACCAUCUGCAUUGAAGAAGAACACUGUGGUAGAAAAUUUACUAAAUUCUGUUGAAAAGUUGAAAAGACUGAAGUUGAGCAAAAGCACUGUUGAAAACACAUCUUCUAGCAAAGAUUCUAAAGCUCGUAAAUGUUUGAUGUCAUUCAUUGAUGAACCUGAAAACCAAACUUUACCUUCUCCAUGCUUUCCAGACCGUUUAUUUGAUCAUGGAUACACAAGAUCCCUAGGAGGAGUUGAAGACGCCCGUACUUCUUGUGAUUCAAAGGUUAAGCCAGAUCAUGACUACUGUACGAACACCGAAGACUCAGAGACCAAAGACAAUGAUGAUCUUCUCACGUCCAUAUCUGCAAUUAAUUCAUACACUUUAUCUGAUGAACUAGUGAAAUUGGACACACAAUUGAAAAAACUGUGUCAUCCUGGGGCCAGUGUGUUAUGGCAACGAAAUCCAGAAGUUCUGAUGAAUGAUAAUUGCUUUGCUAAAGCUGUAAUUGAGUUGAAGUGUAGCUGUCCUCUUCUGUUGGAUGUGUUGGCGACCUGUCUAGGGCAAUAUAUUUGUGAUGAGAACAAAGUUGUAAUGAUUGGCACCAUCUACGGCAUGAUCCUGCAUGCUAGAAACAAAAAGAUUUCUGCAGUACAAAGAAUCUACACAGCCCUUGCCAUACAGUAUCAUGCAGACAAUAAGUGUUCCUUUCAGUAUUUACAUCACAAGUUAUUAAAAUACAGCCACAUCAUGCUGGAAAUUGAUGUCAAAUAAGCAGUCAACUGCUCCAGAGAUUGAAUCAAGUUCAUGUUACAUUGUCACAUGAGUCCAAAAGACACUUGCUGGAAAACUUUUCGGAUUACAGUUUUGACCAAAUUGUCAGGAAUUGUGCCAAUGGAAUGGAU